AUGGCUGGCCGGCUGCCUGCCCUGUGGAAGCGUUUCUCGUCCACCAUCACCCCGAGGCCUAUCCCACCAAAAGCUCACCACCACGCCCCGAUUCCCGACCAUGCGUUCCCCAGGGGCUACGUCCUGACCGGUCUUCACGCUGGCGUGAAGAAAACAGGAGCACUCGACCUUGCGCUGAUCUUGUCUACGACCCCCGACCCAGCAUCGGCUGCGGCGUGCUUCACGCGCAACGCUUUCAAGGCCGCGCCAGUUGUGGUAUCAGAAGAGGUGCUUCAGCGCAAUGGAGGGACCGCCCGAGCUGUCGUGGUCAACAGCGGGUGUGCUAACGCUGUGACAGGAAAACAGGGCAUGGAGGACGCAUGGGCGAUGGUUCGUGCCACUGACGCGCUCUCCGGCGCAGACAAGGCAGGAGCAAACCAGACGUUGGUGAUGUCCACCGGUGUCAUUGGUCAAUAUCUGCCCAUUGCAAAAAUUAUUGCAGGAAUCCAGUCCCAGGCCGCUCAGAAUAACAGUCUUGGGUCGACGUUCGACGCAUGGGAGAGGGCGGCGAAGGCAUUGAUGACCACGGACACAUUUCCGAAACUGCGUGCGCGCACCUUCACGAUCAAUGGGAAGGAAUAUCGUAUGGCGGGGAUGGACAAGGGCGCAGGGAUGAUCCACCCGGACAUGGGUCCGCCCAGGACCAUUGGACAGCUGCACGCGACUUUGCUUGGAUGCAUCUUGACCGAUGCGGCCGUCUCAAGGCGCAGUCUGCAAUCUGCCCUCACGUAUGCAGUGGACCGCAGCUUCAACUCGAUCAGCGUUGAUGGCGACAUGUCGACGAAUGACACGAUCCUGGUGCUUGCGAACGGCGCUGCUGUCACCGGGUCGGGUAUACUGGAGGAGAUCGAUGAGGAACGAGACCCUGCUGCCUAUGAGAUUUUCAGGGAUGAGUUUACUGCGUUCGCGACGGAUUUGGCUCAAUUGGUAGUGAGAGACGGCGAGGGCGCUACGAAGUUCAUCACGGUAUCUGUGGAGGGUGCCGCAACAUAUGCGGAUGCUCACCUUAUCGCAUCGCGCAUCUCCACUUCUGCGCUAGUCAAAACUGCACUGUACGGCCAGGAUGCCAACUGGGGUCGCAUCCUAGCUGCGACAGGUUCCGUACCGCUAUCGACACCGCUUGACCCGAAGCGCGUCAGCGUUUCAUUCAUCCCCACGGAUGGCUCACCAGUGCUCCCGCUUCUCGUGAACGGCGAGCCCGAAAUGGUCGACGAGGCCCGCGCGAAGGAGAUUCUCAGUGUAGAAGACCUGGAGGUGCGCGUCCAGCUCGGUAUCGGGAAGGAGAGUGCGAAGUACUGGACGUGUGAUUUCAGCUAUGACUACGUCAGGAUUAACGGGGACUACAGGAGUUAG